AUGUCUCGACAGGUCCCCUUUGUUCCACUUGGCGCCGUCUUGGAGGUCCACAACCACCACCACGAGACACCACCGCUCGGCUUCCCCAUAACCUACACCACACCCCCUCAUCCAACCGAACCCUUAACUCAGUUUUCCGAGAGGUUAAAUCGCCGAUCAGACUGGCAACCUGGUCGGUGGCCCAUUCGUCUGGGUCCAACUGCUCAUCUCGAGUUCAGAGCUCGGGGAGUCUGGAGUGGUACUCAGUUCAAAUCGAGUCUGCUGCAAACAUCUUCUGCAGAUCUCGCCAAAACUUGCGGUACUUAG